CUUAAUCAGGAGAGUUUCCAACCCUCCUCUUAUUUCCCCUGCCUACCUCUCAACUGCCCUACUGCUCUCUCGACCUAAUAUUGUUUACAUCUUAUUACCAUCCCUCAUCCAAUUCUUCCACAUGUCGUCGACAACCGGUUCCCAGCGCGAGGCCUAUCAACCACCAGCUGCUAGCUCUUCAGGCAUAGGUCGUUCCUAUGCCCCAGCCCCCGCAGGAACCAUGUUUUAUCUAUGCGCUGAAUGUGGUGUCAAAGUUGGCAUCAAUAAAGGAGAGCCUAUUCGCUGCAAAGAAUGUGGCCACCGUAUCCUUUACAAGCAGAGAACCACACGGUACCCAAGAUCGAUAUCCGCUAUUCCGGGAUAAUAGCUCUAACCUCAGUUAUCCUUCGUCUAGUAUGGUACAAUUCGAGGCUCGCUAAGCGCAGAUCACCCACUCGUGCCUCCGAGCACACAAGAGACCCGGGUAUGCCCUUCAACGGAGCAGCCCGGUAAGGCAGGGAGGGGGGGGAGGUUGGGCGGGGUUAUGAGCUUUCUAGAUUUGUUUAUGGGAGAAGUUUUUUAUUGCUGGCGUUAUUCCUUCCGCAUGUCUUGUCAUAAUCGCUUGUCGCUGCAUCUCGAAUUUUCACCAAUCGUGGGCACUUACGGAAAAUUCGUGAACCAAAUUGUGAGUGUGGAGGAUUCGGCCGACCAUCGGUAUAGCACGGUACCAUGUUCCAAAAGAAUUUGUGAAACUAAAACAAUGAAAUGCUAUCUUGGGCGGAC